AUGAAGCACACUCACACACACACACAAACACACAUAUAUAUAUACAAAUUCUUCAUGCGCCUGUCAUCUCUCUUGAUUGCCGGCCUGUUCGGCCUGGCAGCCCACGCCGACGAUAGCACCACCACUGUGGGAUACUUCAUCCCCGCCUGGGAUAACGAGCUGCUCGAUUACAGCGGGUGGACCAGCACCGGGGCCAGCGUGGCGGGGAUCAACGCCGAGGCGACAACCUACAAGGUCGGCUGUCUCAAGGACGCCGCCACGACCGACUGCGACAUCAAACACUCGUGGACCAUCGUUCAGGGGCCCGGGACGGUCAGCAUGACGGGCGUGUACACCGAAAUCACCACGGGCCAGUCGGAGAGCUACGGCCUCACCGUCACCCAGUCGUACGAAUGCUCCUUCCAGUCCUACAGCAUCUCCGCCAGCUGCACGAUGAGUUUCUACCUCAGUGGCACGGGCGAGGGCGCGACCGUCGCCUCUUCCACCUCCACCAAGACCAGCUACGCCACUGCCGCCAGCUCAUACUAUACUCUUGUCGUCACGGGCGGCGUCAAGUCCUUCACGGCCCCGGAGGCCACCAAGACCCCCGGGGGUGCGGGGGCGGGGGCUGCGGCUGCGGCUGCGGGGGCGCUGAUCACUGCCGCUCCUGUCGUCAUGGCCGUUGCGGCUCUGCUUUAGUUUAUUAUAGGAGUUUAUAGUAUUCACUUUUUAUUGUCCUGG